GGCUGGAGCCCCCCAAAAAUGAGGAGGAGGAGGAGGAGGAGGAGGAGGAGACCUGGAUGGACGGGGACGCUGAGAGCUUCUCGCAGUUCCUGCUGCUGACGGAGCAGCACCGGCAGCUUCAGGAGCUGCAGCAGCAGCUGGAGCAGCUCCGGGCGGCCGUGGCAGCAGCAGAGACCCCCGAGGAGACGGGGGGACCCCCGGGGGACCCCGAAUUUGAGGUGCAGGAGCUGCGGGAGCAGGAACGGAGGGGCAGGGAAGAGCUGGAGGAGCUCAGGACAGGGCUGGAGGCGCUGCUGGCCGAGCUGGAGGAGGGGCAGGGGGACCCCGAGCCCCCCCAGGACCCCCCAGGGGACCCCCCAGGGGACCCCCUGUGGGAGCAGCUGCGGCGCCUGGAAAUGGGGGUGACCCGGCUGCUGCUGAGGGACCCCCAAACACCGGUCCUGGCAGGGAACGAGGCCGUUUGGAGCCGACCCCCCCCUCCACGCCCCCCCAGCCCCAGGGAGGAGCCCCCGGCCGGGGAGGAAGAGGAGGAGGAGGGCGAGAGACCCCUGAGCCCCGGCGAGCUGCGGGAGAGGGUCCUGAGAGAGGUGCUGAGCCGCGAGGGACCCCUCCCCACCCCCCGCUUGGAUUUGGGGGUGGUCCCGAGACCCCCCUGA